AUGAUGCAAAGCGGCGAGGGUGGCGAGGCUAGAGAGCUGAUCUCUCUGCCAUCGCGCUCUCAAGAGCAGGUGCCAACAACUCCGUACGUGGUUGCGCCAGGCGAAGAAGUUCUCAGCUACAAUGCAUACAUCGGAAAGCUUCGAAGCCGCGUUGUCGCCUUGUCAGUGUUGACUGUGGGGUGCUUUGUGGUCUCAGCUGCCGUUCAACUCUUCUUCGGCUUUCUCAGUUGGCAAAGUAUGCAGCAGAAGCUCGAAUACUUGGCGCAAGUUGAAGCCAUCCCUGAAUUGAGCACUUUUCUGAACUUGGCACCUCAGCUGCUUCUGACGUCUGCCGUGCCGGCCAUCAUCAAUGCACUGGUAAUUGGCGGCUUUUUCGUUUUGUGUGGCCUCUGUGGUGCAAGGGCAAACAAUCAGUGCUGCGCUUGCUGCUACUGCUGCUGCAACAUGUGCUGUUGUGUUCUCACUGUCGGCACGCUGCUGGGAUCCGCAGCCUUCCUGAACUUCAUGUACACAAGCAGCGAUGCGGCCGAGAUCUGGUUUGCGAAGUGUGACCCAUCGAUUUGCUAUCCUGCAGGGCCUGAGACAGAUCCCAAGAUGACCGUUGACUGCCUGGCACCGGCAGUUUGGGAUGGCUAUGGGCCGCAGCUUGAAGGCCCCCACCUUCCGAGAGAGUGCCCUCCCAUGUAUCUCGUCUGUAAGGGUGGCGACUUCGAUGAGCCGAGUGCGAGUGAGGAGAGGUACCUCAAGGAGGAAGACCAGCAACUCGGAUCACUGCGGCCUCCUGUCGGCGUCCAAAGCUGGCGCCAGCUUAGGGAGGAUCUGGAGGACCGAGCUUCAGAGGAACCGGAGGAAGCAGACGCAGGAGACGUGGGAGAGACAGAAGAGGCAGAGGUAUCUGCUGCAGAUGCACAGACAGGAGCGGAAGAUGUUCAUGACGGCGUUUCAGAUCAUAUGGAAGAGGAAUCGGAGGCAGCAGCAGAGGCAGAGGCAGCUGCUCAAAGACAGGCACUGCCAGAAGUGGGAGAAGACGAGCCGGCAGAAGAGCCGCGAGAGGAAGAAGAAGAUCCAGAGGCAGAGCCAGAGCAAGAGGAGGGAAUGUCGGCUCCGAGCGAUGGCGACGUUCUUGGAGAUUCGGAUGAUCCGGGCACAGAGGACCCGGAGAGGGACAUUAGCACAGGGACAGCGGAGCCGGUAUUAUUGGAUACAGGCACAGGUGAUGAAGCUUCUUUGCCUGCUGAAGGAGAAGAGGAAGAGGCAACUUCCCCUCCCGAUGCAGAAGAUCCUGCCAGCACCGAAGACUCGGAAGCAGCUGAGGGAACGGGAGCCGCAGGCGCAGACGGCGAAGACCCGGAGCCGGAGGAGCCGGAGGAGCCUGGCGCGCCACCUUCACCAGAAGAUGACGCAGAUGGUCUGGAUCCGCAAGGUGACCCGGAGCCUGAGGACGACGGAGAUGACAAGGAUGAAGACGGCACGCGCACUGAGCCUCGAGAUGACGCAGGUGAAGCCGAUGAAGCCACGGCCCAGGGAGACGAUGACACUGAAGACACUGACGGCUCCGUGGAAGACACUCCGGAUGGCGAUGAUUCAAGCCAAGCUGCAGAUGGUGAGAAUGAUGCAGACACAAGUGGUGAAGACGGUGCAGCGUACCAGGUGCCAGCAGCAGGUACUGGAGAUGAGUUUGAGCCACCAGAUGAAGAAGGCUAUGAUGAUAACAAUCUUCAGAGGCUUGCAAGCGAAAGCCAAGCUCUGGCAAAAGUUCUGUCGCUUCCAAUGCCGGAUGACCCAAUCUCCACAUGCUCGCCAUCUAAGAUAAAUUCCUUGUAUGACGUGGCGAGGAGGGAGGCUCCAGACAUCUUCAACGCUUGCACCAACCUGGUGGUUGUCCGCAUUUGCUGUCUCCUGCCGACGCUUGUGAUCUUUGCUCUGGGGUCGGUGUGGGGCUAUGAGCUCUAUGGCAAGCUGUCUCAGGGAUAUCUGGUGCCUUUCGUCCCUGCGCAGUCGACACAGGUUCAGAUGACUUACAUGUCGGAGCCUCUCAUGGUCCAGUCCGAUCCACAAGGGCCAUGA